GGAAGGACCGUCGGCUGGUCGUUGCUGACUGCCGCUUGGAAGAAGAAAGUAAACGCGGAAAAGAAAAGUCUCAGUGGAGGGAAAAACGAAACAGAGAUACACACCAUACCAUCGGAUAAUCCGAUUGGAUCUUGGAAAAACCAGAGAGAGAUAGAACUCGAAUCAGCGAGAAAAAGGAACGGGAAAAAAAAUGAACAAAGUCAAGAGCUUGUUGAAGCCGAAACCUAACCCGUCGGAGCAACUCAGAGAAUGGCAGCGGCGCCUCCGCCAUGAGUGCCGCAACAUGGAGCGCCAAAUCAGAGAUAUACAGAAAGAAGAGAAGGCUGUACAUAAAACUAUCAGAGAGGCUGCCAAGAGAAAUGACAUGGCCACAGCCAAGGCACUUGCAAAGGAAAUUGUGAUGUCGAGGAAAGUUGUGAAUCGGCUUCAUGAGAAUAAGGCACAACUGAAUUCGAUAUCUAUGCACCUUGGAGAAAGUGUUGCACUUGCCCGUACCGUGGGUCAUCUGUCAAAAAGUACAGAGGUUAUGAAACUUGUCAAUAACCUCAUGAAAGCUCCAGAAAUGGCCGUCACGAUGCAUGAAUUUACCAAAGAAAUCACCAAGGCUGGCGUGAUUGAGGAAUUCGUAGAUGAUGCUCUUGAUACGGCAUUAGAUUCAGAAGAUAUAGAAGAGGAAACCGAAGAAGAAGUUGAAAGGGUCCUCAGUGAAAUAGCUGGUGAGACGGCUGCACAGCUCCCAGAAGCUGUGCGGAAGGAGAGGACAAAGGUAGCAGCCCAGAGAGCCAGUGCGUCACAACAACAGGAAGAAGCUAUAGCAGAGGGUGCAGACAAUGAGGAAGAGUUGGAAGCACUGAGGGCGCGGCUUGCCCAAGUGAGAUCGUAAAAUUUUCAUGUAGUUCCCGCAGUUCGUUCCCUUCUUAUGAGGAAAACUUCUUUUUGUAUUUUGUAGAGGCAUCUUAAAGUUUAGAAAUUUAUUGUUUUAUUUAUUAAGGGCUAUAGACACAGCUUGCUUUGUAUAAAUGAGACAAAUGUUGUAGGGUUCGGAAAUACUUUUAAAAUAACUGAAAGCGCUUUUGAUGAGCGUGCUUUUGGAACCCAAAAUACUUUCACCAAAAGCGUUUUCAGUUAUUUUAAAAGCACUUUCAAACAAGUCCGUACAUUAAUACAAUUUGUUACAUAGUUUUGUUUGUCUUA